GCCAGCGCGGCGGCGGCGGCAGCAGCAGGAGCAGCCCCGGCUGCGGGUCGCGACGGCGGCGGGGCGCCCCCUCCCCCGUGCCGGGGCGCGGCGGAGGGAUGUGGGGCUUUGCGGGAGGAAGGCUUUUCGGCAUCUUCUCGGCCCCAGUGCUGGUGGCGGUGGUGUGCUGCGCCCAGAGCGUGAACGAUCCUGGGAACAUGUCCUUUGUGAAGGAGACGGUGGACAAGCUGUUGAAAGGCUACGACAUUCGCCUAAGACCCGACUUCGGGGGUCCCCCGGUCUGCGUGGGGAUGAACAUCGACAUCGCCAGCAUAGACAUGGUUUCCGAAGUCAACAUGGAUUACACCUUGACCAUGUAUUUUCAACAAUACUGGAGAGAUAAAAGGCUCGCCUAUUCUGGGAUCCCUCUCAACCUCACGCUGGACAAUCGAGUGGCUGACCAGCUCUGGGUGCCUGACACAUAUUUCUUAAAUGACAAAAAGUCAUUUGUGCAUGGAGUGACAGUGAAGAACCGCAUGAUCCGCCUCCACCCCGAUGGGACGGUGCUCUACGGGCUCAGAAUCACCACAACCGCAGCAUGCAUGAUGGACCUGAGAAGAUACCCUUUGGAUGAGCAGAACUGCACUCUGGAGAUUGAAAGCUAUGGCUACACCACGGAUGACAUUGAAUUUUACUGGCGUGGUGGUGAUAAGGCUGUUACUGGAGUGGAGAGAAUUGAGCUCCCACAGUUCUCCAUCGUGGAGCAUCGUCUGGUCUCCAGGAAUGUUGUCUUUGCCACAGGUGCCUACCCUCGGCUCUCACUGAGCUUUCGGUUGAAGAGAAACAUUGGAUACUUCAUUCUCCAGACCUACAUGCCCUCUAUCCUAAUUACAAUUCUCUCAUGGGUAUCCUUCUGGAUCAAUUAUGAUGCAUCUGCGGCUAGAGUUGCCCUUGGGAUCACCACCGUGCUGACCAUGACGACCAUCAACACACAUCUUCGGGAGACGUUGCCCAAAAUCCCCUAUGUCAAAGCCAUUGACAUGUACCUCAUGGGCUGCUUUGUCUUUGUGUUUCUGGCCCUUCUGGAGUAUGCCUUUGUCAACUACAUUUUCUUUGGAAGAGGCCCUCAAAGGCAGAAGAAGCUUGCGGAAAAGACCGCCAAGGCAAAGAAUGACCGUUCAAAGGGUGACAGCAACCGGGUGGAUGCUCAUGGAAAUAUUCUGUUAACAUCGCUAGAGGUUCACAAUGAAAUGAAUGAGGUCACAGGUGGCAUUGGUGAUACCAGGAAUUCAGCAAUAUCCUUUGACAACUCAGGAAUCCAGUACAGGAAACAGAGCAUGCCUCGGGAAGGGCAUGGGCGACACAUGGGGGACAGAAGCAUCCCGCACAAGAAGACCCAUCUACGGAGGAGGUCUUCACAGCUCAAAAUUAAAAUCCCUGAUCUAACCGAUGUGAAUGCCAUAGACAGAUGGUCCCGGAUCGUGUUUCCAUUCACUUUCUCUCUUUUCAACUUAGUUUACUGGCUGUACUAUGUUAACUGAGUGACUGUACUUGAUUUUUCAAAGACUUCAUUUAACACUGAGUGAAAUAUUACUCUGCCUGUCAAGUUUUUAUACCUGUACACACACAGACACACACACACACAGACACACACAUAUAUACAUAUGCAAUUGUAUAUAUAUGUGAACUUUCUCAGCAUAUAUAUAAAAUACACGUGUAUAUGAGGAUGUAUGUGUAUAUGUUUAUACACACAGGUGUAAGUACCCAUGUGUAUGUCAAACAAAUACACAUACAUAUAUACAUUUUGCAGCUAUGGACAAUUUAACACAGGAUGCAUAUUAAAGAAAGUCAUAGUUUUUUCUUUUUUAAUUGAAAGGGACAAGCAUCGUCUGAAUAUUAUGCCUUGAGAAUGAGGGCGUGAAACACAAUAUCAUCCCAAAAUGUGUCUUUUACUAUCAUUAGUUAGAUGUUUUAGUUUAAAAAUCAGAAAGAAACUUAGUUAUUCUUCGAAAACUCAUACAGUGGUAAUUUAAAACCAGUCACACUUCAUACCCUCUCUUUUAGUUUAUUAAGUGAAGGCUUUUCAGCUUUCUUGGCAAUGGGACUUGUUUUCGUGGGGCAGACUUUUUCUGUACUGGUUCCAUGGGUGGGGUGAGCCUCUGGUAUGCGCUCACCUGUUUCUUAAACAUAGGUAGAGCCCACAUUGAUGUCUGCACGUCCAUCUUUUGAAAGUCCAUCGGGGAUGGAUGGCAUCUCAUUGUAAGUACUCUGCUGUACAGUGUAUUUCUCUGCUCACUUGGAGUGGAUCCAGCUUCCGCAUCAUGUGGGACACAGCAGCACAUUUUGGCAAAGUUGAGUUGACAUUUCAAUCAGUGAACACGUGCUCUACAUCUCUUAUGGAUUUCUAGGCCUGGUAUCUAACAGAAAGCUUAGACGUCUCAGGUUAUUUGUUACUCUAAGGUAAAACCAUCUAGGAUGAUUUUCCCCCUUGUCUUUAAGUUAUCAAUCACUCAUAACAUUGUAUGUUAAUAUCAAAUAUAUUUGCAUAAUAUGCAUAUAUAUGUAUAUUUACCAAGAUUUUCUUUCUUACGCUUGCUAUCAUGGCAGCAUGCGAUGUCAUAUUUUCUUUCUGUGAUGUAACUACUUUCUGUUCUCUAGAAUUCAGAUCGAAACGAAAAACAUUUCUGUUCAAUUUCAGAAACCAAGAAACAUCCUCAUGCCUUUAUUUCUAUAUCUGACAUAUUUCACAAGCACAUCCAACUACUCCUAGUGUAACUAGGAUGCUGCAGAAACACGACCAGUCCACACCAUGCAUCACCCAGGGACCCAUGACCGUUCUCUUGAGGCAAAGGAGAGCAACCUGACAACAAACACAGUCACUUUGGGUUCCUUCCGAUCCACAGCCUCAUCAGUAUUUGGACUUUUUAAAGCUCGUAGAAACAAGACAAGGUGCACCGGUUUCAUAGAUGCAACCUUAACUUACUAUUUAGAUGAGAUCUUUCUAAAGAAAAAAAAAGAGAUGAUAUAUUUUUUGUAAACAAUAUUUCUAUCACAGGCAUCCAUAAACUGAAAUGACUACAGUUGUGCAAACAGAUGUCACAGUGAAGUUAAGCAUUUGGAGAAACAAAAAAGCAAACUAUUCAGGAAAGAACUGCUAAAUUAAUACUUUAUCCCAAAAUGCCACAUAUGCCUCACCCUCUCUGUUCUAUCGAAAACCAAUGACCAGAGUCUUGCCCAGUAUUCUCAGAGCUGACCCCAGUUUUCCCCACUGGUAGGGGCACCACCCUCCUUGCGGGUGUAUGUGCUGUGGGCUAUCCCCAGGAGCUGACUACUACUUGAUUUACCUUGGUGGCUGAUGACAACCUUUAAUUUGUAAAGGUUGUAACAGGUCAAACCCACCAUCAGGUAGUACACAAACCACAAAGUCUCAUGCUAGAAGCAGUGACCAAUUUUUAUACCCUUUCCCCUCUUUCAUUCUUAUCUUUCUUCAGCAUCUUCUCCCAACCGCUGCUCUCUGGUUUUACUUUUAUCUGGAGACUAGCCAGUGACUUCUUGUUCCUUGGCUUUUUUCUGACAAUUUUUUUUCAUGGGUAACAAUGGGGGAAUCCUAAAAGUUAAACAGAUUGGGAAAAACCUUGUAAGUGGCCUUAUCAUUGUUAACAUGUUAAAGAAAAAAAAAAAGACAUUGUGAAGACCUUAUCCCUUUCAAUACUUCAGGUAUCUUCUUCUGUAUCAGUGAUUCAAGGAGUGAGCUCCACAUGCAGAAGAGGGACCCCAAAAUGCAAAUGAACAUGGACAAAAUUGUCAACGGUUGAUUUAAAUGUACAAUUUAUAUAUUCAGAACUGUGACAUUAAUUCUUUCUGGGAGAAAAGUGAUUCAAAAUGUUUUUGAUGCAUAGUUGAGGUACCCAACUGUCAAAAGCAGAGACCCCAUGGGGCUCAGAAGAACUGCAGUCUAUGUCCCAAGAUUUUCUGGAUAUAAAUUUGCAUGGUAUAGUCAUAAUAGCUUUUGAGCUUUUUAUAUGCAUUUGGCACCGAGACUGGGAUCCACAACUUUGUAGACACUGCAAUGACGUUAAACAUAAUAGCUAUACUAUAAAUAGUGUUUGUAACUACACACACACAUGCGCACACACACACAAUUACAUACAUAUAUUCUGUAAAAAAAAAAAAAAACUUUUUGAGAUCCUUGGGUAUGUGUUUGCUUUACUCCAUUUUAGAAGAAAAUUACUCUUCUUCUAAUAAAAUUAUUUUAUAGCUUCUCCAUUUUUAAAAGCUGUGAGAAAUCUUGAGAAGCAGAACUCUGUGCUGCCAGAAGAGAGUCGAGGUUGGCUCUCUGUUCUAUUACGAUGCCCUUUCAUUACUGCACAGUAGUUCCUGGAGCCAGUGAGUGUGGUGUAUUGAUGAAUCUGAACGCGGACCCCUGGCAUAACGUGAGGUGGUUGUUACCCUCGUCCAGACCUCUUGAGUAAGGAGAGAAAAGUCGAAAUUGGAAUCUGAUGGUAUCUCUUUCUCAACAACUGAACGUAAUAAAAAGUUGAUUUUCUACAUA